CUGCCGGAAAUAGCAGGGGACCGCGAGUCAAAUGAGGUGGAGGAACUGAGUGAAAUCCAUCUUAGCCGGGAAGUGGGGUUAGGUAAAUUGAAUGGAUUAAAGGCCAAUAAAUCCCCAGGGCUAGAUUGGCUUCAUCCCAGAGUGCUUAAGGAAGUAGCUCCAGAAAUAGUGGAUGCAUUAGUGAUAAUUUUUCAAAACUCUUUAGAUUCUGGAGUAGUUCCUGAGGACUGGAGGGUAGCUAAUGUAACCCCACUUUUUAAAAAGGGAGGGAGAGAUAAAACGGGGAAUUACAGACCAGUUAGUCUAACGUCGGUAGUGGGGAAACUGCUAGUCAGUUAUUAAAGAUGGGAUAGCAGCACAUUUGGAAAGUGGUGAAAUCAUUGUACAAAGUCAGCAUGGAUUUACGAAAGGUAAAUCAUCUCUGGCUGGCAAACAGGAAGCAAAGAGUAGGAGUAAACUGGUCCUUUUCAGAAUGGCAGGCAAUGACUAGUGGGGUACCGCUAGGCUCAGUGCUGGGACCCCAGCUAUUUACAAUAUAUAUUAAUGAUUUGGAUGAGGGAAUUGAAUGCAACAUCUCCAAAGUUUGCGGAUUACACUAAGCUGGGGGUCAGUGUUAGCUGUGAGGAGGAUGCUAGGAAGCUGCAAGGUGAAUUGGAUAGGCUGGGUGAGUGGGAAAAUGCAUGGCAGAUGCAGUAUAAUGUGGAUAAAUGUGAGGUUAUUUUGGUGGCAAAAACAGGAAAGCAGACUAUUAUCUGAAUGGUGGCCGAUUAGGAAAAGGGGAGAUACAACGAGACCUGGGUGUCAUGGUAAACCAGUCAUUGAAGGUAGGCAUGCAGGUGCAGCAGGCAGUGAAAAAAGCGAAUGGUAUGUUAGCAUUCAUAGCAAAAGGAUUUGCCUAUAGGAGCAGGGAGGUUCUACUGCAGUUGUACAGGGUCUUGGUGAGACCACACCUGGAGUAUUGCGUACAGUUUUGGUCUCCAAAUCUGAGGAAGGACAUUAUUGCCAUAGAGGGAGUGCAGAGAAGGUUCACCAGACUGAUUCCUGGGAUGUCAGGAUUUUGAUAUGAAGAAAGACUUGAUAGACUCGGCUUGUACUCGCUAGAAUUUAGGAGAUUGAGGGGGGAUCUUGUAGAAACUUACAAAAUUCUUAAGGGGUGGACAAGCUAGAUGCAGGAAGAUUGUUCCCGAUGUUGGGGAAGUCCAGGACAAGGGGUUACAGCUUAAGGAUAGAGAGGAAAUCCUUUAGGACCGAGAUGAGGAAAACAUUUUUCACACAGAGAGUGGCGAAUCUCUGGAACUCUCUGCCACAGAAGGUAGUUGAGGCCAGUUCAUUGGCUAUAUUUAAGAGGGAGUUAGAUGUGGCCCUUGUAGCUGAAGGGAUCAGUGGGUAUGGAGAGAAGGCAGGUACAGGAUACGGAGUUGGAAAGUCAUCCAUGGUCAUAUUGAAUGGUGGUGCAGGCUCGAAGGGCCGAAUGGCCUACUCCUGCACCUAUUUUCUGUUAUUGUCUAUUUAUUUCUCCCUCGGUCUCUAAAAAUUUUUCCUUCAUCGCUCCCCCCUCCCUCCUCUCCCCAGAGCAGAGGAAGUCCCUACUUCCCCUUCCCCUCCCACUUCUCCAUAAAACCCCGCAGUUGUUGAGCCAGCCGAGGCAAAGUUCACUCUCUCUCUCUCCCUCUCUACGUUCUCUAACUUCAACCUCUGGGCAAAUGGAGGUGAAUUUUACACUUUCUAACACCUCCUGUGAUCCCGCAGUGCGGAGUUAUCGCUUUGUGGGGGCCACGUUGGGAAUUUUUGUUUCUGUUUUGGGUACUUUUGGGAAUUUCAUGACCAUUUUGGCCUUUAUGUUUGAACCUCGUCUCCGCUCACGUUUCAACUACUUGGUGCUCAACCUGGCCGUUUCUGACCUCCUCUAUUGUGGAGGCCUCCAGCCAAUCACUUCGGCAACCUUCCUGCGCUUCUCCUGGCCUCUAGGCCCAACAUCCUGCCAAGUUGUCGGACUACUAAUCUUUGUGGCAAAUGCGACCUCCAUUUUCAACCUGGCCAUCCUUGCAGCGAGCCGUUACCUCAUCAUCUCGCGGCCCAGGCUUUUCCAACGUCUCUCUUCGCGCAGAGGCCUCCCCUGUCUCCUGGCCCUGCCCUGGAUUGGAGGCCUGGCCCUCUUUGGCCCUCUUUGGGACUAUUAUGUGUUCGUACCGCCCGUGUGUACGUGUAGCCUGGAGAGAAGACGAGGUCGACGCCUAACAACUGGUGUAACUUCCACCAUCUUCGUGGUGGGCCUCGGAUCCAUCGGCCUGUUCUACUACCUCAUCCACCGGCGGCUCCAGGCCGUAUCCAAGGCCUUGCAGGCCCACCGAGGCCCUGAGGGAGCGGGGAAAAGGGUCCACGCGCGUCUCCACCGCGCUCCGGCCUCUGACAGCGGCCUAACUUCCUCUCAGGCCACCGAGGAGGUGAGUCUGGGUCCGGUGGAAGGCCAGGCCAUGGGGGAGCACGAGAAGCAGGUCUCGGCCCAGCAGAAACAGGCCUCAGUCCGCUGGCAGAAGGCCCAGAUGCACAGGAAGGAGGAUACGUACCCAGCGCAGCAGGAUCAAGGGGAAACAGAGGCAGGCCAGGCCCACAUCCAGUGGGAAGAGGCUUUGAACGGCGCAGAAGGGGAACAGGCCCAACCUGACCAGACACACGGCCCAAAGGAACAAAUCCUGCCCCAGAACCAACAGGAAAAGGCCUUGGGCCUGUCCGCAAAGGCUUCAUACGGCAGAGACAAGAAAAUGGCAGAAAAGUCCGUGGUAGUAGUGGCUUCGGCCUCCCCGCAGGCCCGGCGUGUUGCCACGGGUGACGGGGCGUGUUCUGGAGGUGACGCGGAGUUCCGUCGUGUUACAUGGAUGUGUUUCUCCAUGUUUCUGGUCUACAUCUCGUGCUACCUCCCCUUCUGCCUCCUCCACGCGGCCGACAAGAAGAAACGGGCUCCGGCCUUGCUGCACAUGGUGGUCGGGAACCUGACCUGGUUCAAUAGUUGCAUCAACCCUGUCCUCUACGUCUCUCUGCACCGACAGUUCAGGGCCACCUACAUCCGCCUCCUCACCUCCGCCUUCUCCCCCCUACUUCCCACACGCAAGGCUUGAAGCCUGAGGCCUAGUACCAAGUCGCCUCUCUCCGCCACAUACGCAAGGCGUGAAGCCAGAGGCCUGUCGCCCCUCUACUCUCCAAAUGCAAAGCCUGAAGCCUGAGGCCUAGUUGCCCCUCUCCUCCCUACACGCAAGGCCUGAAGCCUGAGGCCUAGGACCAAGUCGCCCUCUCUCUGUCACACAUGCAAGGCCUGAAGCAUGGAGCCUAGGGCCAAGUCGCCCUUCUCCUCCCCACACCCAAGGCCUAAGGCCUUGGGCCUAGUUCCGCUCUCCCCACACGCAAGGCCUGAAGCCUGGGACCUAGUCGCCCCUCGCCUCCCAGCACGUCCCUCUCCUCCCUCAACGCCCCUUUCCUCCCCACAAGCAAGGUCUGAGGCCUAGUGAGCAGAAACACUUACAAUCGAGCCGUCCACUGCGUACAGAUAGAUGAUAAAGGGAAUAGCGUUUAGUGCAAAGUAAAGCCCGAUUAAAGAUAUUCCGAGGGUCUCCAAUGAGGUGGAUGGGAGGUCAGAACCGCUCGCUAGUUGGCGAGAGGACCUUCAAUUGCCUGAUAACAGCCGGGAAGAAACUGUCCCUGAAUCUGGAGGUGUACUUUCAUUUCCGCACUUCCGUACCUCUUGCCCGAUGGGAGAGGCGAGAAGAGGAAGUGACCGGGGUGAGACUGGUCCGCGAUUAUGCUGCUGGCCUUGCCGAUCCAGCGUGAGGUGUAGAUGGAGGCAAUGGAAGGGAGGUUGGUUUGUGUACGUGAUGGUCUGGGCUGCAACUGUCCACAACUCUCUGCGAUUUCUUGUUUAGUUAUAUUUGAUAAAAUAUCUGCACAAAUUCACCACAGAUCAAAGUGUCCGUUUUGAAAUACUGCGCAGAAACAGGCCCUUCGGCCCACCCAGUCUACGCCAACCAGCGAUCGCCCUAUCACACACUAGUUAAUUCAGAGAUGCAGCACAGAAACAGGUCCUUCAGCCCACCGAGUCCGCACUGAACAGCGAUCACCCAUUCACAAACUAGUAUCGUUUAGUUUAGAGAUACAGCACAGAAACAGGCCCUUCGACCCUCCGAGUCCAUG